AAUACCGUGAAUAUGAUUCCCCGCAAACACAGUCGAGGGCACAGCUAAUAGUGAAUAUAGUAUUAUUUGUUAUCUCUGUAAGAUAUCAUAAAAUAUGUUUAAUUAUUGGCAGUAAAAGAGUUUGCUAGCUUAAUAUUACCUAUCUUUAGUUUUAUAAUAAAAAGGAAGCCGUAUCACUUGUUUUCAUUAACAGUUAGAGGUUCGCCUUAGAUUAUAAGGUUACAAUGGUGGUAUUAAUUCUAACGAUAUCUUUUGUCAUUGCGUCCUUUUUAUACUACCACUUCACAAAGUAUAAUAAUUAUUGGAAUGAACGAAAUGUUGUUGGCCCAAAACCAACUUUCUUCUUCGGAAAUAUAAAGGAUGCAGUACUCAGACGAAAACCGAUUGGUCACGUAUUCAAGGAUAUCUACGAUAUGUACCCAGAAGAAAAAGUGAUAGGGAUGUUUGUGAUGAGAUCCCCAGAAUUGUUAGUAAGGGAUUUAGAUGUGAUAAAAUAUAUAUUAAUAAAAGACUUCGAUAAUUUCGUGAACCGUGGUUUUGAGUUCAAAAGAACUGGUUUUGGAGCGAACUUGUUUCAUGGUAAUGCUGAUACCUGGCGACUUUUAAGAAGCCGCUUCUCUCCUCUCUUCACUCCAGGAAAGCUGAAGAAUAUGAUGCAUCUUUUAUGUGAACGCGGGGAUAAAUUUGUGAAGUAUGUAGCCCGAGUCACACAGUUAAAUCCGGAGCAAGAAGUCCACGAAAUGACACAAAAGUUUACGCUGGCUGCCAUAGCCGCUUGCGCAUUUGGCAUAGACAUCGAUACAUUUAACCAAGAGCACGAAACCCUUCGUAGGAUCGACAGUAAAAUAUUCAUAAUGACCCUUAGUCGUGAACUCGAGAUGAUGUAUCCUGGAAUUUUAACGAAAAUUGGAGGCUCGCUUUUUCCAGCAGAAGUUAUCACAUUUUUUAUCGAUUUGGUCAAAGACGUCACUGCGCAAAGAAAUGGUAAACCAACCAAUAGAAACGAUUUCAUGGAUUUAAUUUUGAAAAUGAAGGAAGAGAGACACAUUACUGGACCAAAAAGGAAAAACGAUGAUGUUCAGACGGGUUUAGAUCUAACUGACGAAGUAAUAGCGGCACAGGCAUUUAGUUUUUAUGCUGGGGGUUAUGAAACCAGUGCGGCAACAAUGGGUUUCUUCCUGUACCAGUUAGCUCUCAACCCACAAAUACAAGACAAGGUGGUGGUAGAAAUAAAAGAAGUAUUAAAAAAACAUAAUGGCGAGAUAACCCUACAAGCUGUUUUAGAUUUAUCUUAUAUGGGCCAAGUUUUCGAUGAAACAUUGAGAAUGUUUCCAAUUGUUUCCGAUUUGAAAAGAAAAUCUCAGAGCACCUAUACGAUACCCGGUACAAAUGUAACCAUAGAGAAAAAUCAGUUGAUUAAAAUUCCAACGCUUGGUAUCCAUUAUGACGAGAAGAUAUACCCUAACCCUGAGAAGUUUGACCCAGAAAGAUUUUCUCCAGAGAAUGUGGCAGCGAGGCAUUCUUGUGCGUAUUUGCCUUUCGGACUUGGACCUAGAAACUGCAUCGGGAUCCGCUUUGCACAGCUACAAUCCAGGAUGUGUAUGGCGAAGCUCCUCUCUCAGUUUCGGGUGGAACCUUCUAAGAAUACCCCCAGUCAAUUGCAAUACGAGCCUCGACGUAUCGUGUUGUACCCCAUAGGCGGUAUUCCGAUCAACUUCAUUAAAAGACAUUGAUAUAUGGCGAAUUUUCUUUCAGAGCGGUAUCUCUGAAAAUAGUCUGAAAAAAAUUUCGUUUGUACCUAUCCAACAACACGGCACACUAAAGGAUAAAAAAGUCAUCAUCACUUUACGUUAAGGGAGGUACGCUAAUCUUUCCUAAUUUUUAUUUUGCUAUUUUCUAGCAACUAACGGUCAGUGAGCGUCGGACCGAUAGAAAGACAGACAAACGGACGAACAUGGCGAAACUAUAAGGCUUAAAAUACACUUUCAUUUCGGAUUCCUAGUUGAGUACAGAACCCUGAAAAAUAAAAGGUUAUUUUUCAAGCCUACGUUUCUACCUAUCUAAUUAUAUAUAUUCAUAAUAGAGUAGAAAUGUGUCUGGCUAAAAUACCUACCUAUAGGUGAACGUUAAGUUACUUAUAUAUUUACGUGUUUAUUGUAAAAUACAACUAAACCAAAGUUAGAGCUUGUAUU